AUGGCUUUCCCCCUGCCACGGGGCAUUACGCCCUCAGAAAUCGAGUUUCUCGCUGAAAUGGAGAUGGUUACUGUCGUUCCUCGUCAACGUCUUGAGGGACUCGAGCUUUUGGCAGGCCCAACUGAACCUCUACAACCGCCGCGCCGCGCUACCCUUCCCCUCUGGCUUGCGCUACUGCUGAAAAGACAACGUCGCGUGAAUAUCGUUCCUCCUUACUGGCUUCACCCGGAAUCUCUCUCCCUGAUCCUCCAGAUCGAAACGGAAAAUCUGGACUAUACGGAUGCGUUUUCCCCUCCGCCCCCUCUCCCAGGCCAGACCCGGAGAGGGGAACGACGACGCUCCUCGCCUCCUCCCAGACCCCGACGCACACUCGACGGACAGCCGUACUACCCCACACCGCCGUUCCUGCCCCAGAAUGUCGCCCUGACCCCAGCAGAAGCGUCAGAAACGGGGAAAGACCCUCCAGCGCUUCCGUACCAUUGGCUCGAAGUCGGGAAUAUGCUGCUUGACGCGGCGAGCGAUGAUCUCACUGAGCCGGACCAGAUCCGACGGCUCCUCAAAGAUCUGAGAGAGGUGCGGAUGGCGAAAAUGAGGAAAGGCAUUGACGUUCUGGAUACGGCCGCGACGGGCGGCGGAGGCGUUGCGCUCACGGGCGUCGGCGCCAUGGAAAUUGGGGAAAUGAGAGGAUUCGUCGCAGGAGUCGUCGACGGGUUGAGGAAGAUUGGUGCAUCACGCGAACAAGCCCGAAGAGAGCAAAUGGCCGAAGAAGGGCCGAAUAGGGACUACGAUGGCACCCAAGAUGAUGACGACAUGGAGUUCUAG